AUGGCAGAUUACUCCGACAUUAAACCGGCAUUAAUUGAAGAUGGUAUCCCCAUUUUUAAACCUACUUUCCAAGAAUUUAAAGAUUUUUAUAAGUUUAUGGAAGCCAUAAAUAAAUUUGGAAUGCAAAGUGGGAUCGUUAAAGUCAUCCCACCAACAGAAUGGUUGAAGUUAUUAGAUAAUCCUCCGUCUGUGGAAGCAUUACAAGGUAUUAAGAUUAAGAAUCCUAUCGAACAAGAAAUUUCAGGAACUCAUGGACUUUUUAUGAGUAAUAAUAUAGAAAGAAGUAAAACUUAUCAUAUUAUUCAAUGGAAGGAACUUUCAAAGGAUUAUACGUUGCCCCAGGAUCCUCAUUCAAGAGAUAAGAAUAAGGAUCCAGAUACAAAUAAUGGUAAAACGAUAGAAAUGCCAUCUUCUACUUCUUCAGCUACUCACAGGAAGAGACAGCAUUCAUUUUCUAAAGAAGAUUUUAAAAAUUUUCAAAAAAAUUUUAAUGAAAGUGAUGAAAUAUUAAAGCAAUUUAAUGACAAGGAAAGAUUAAAUUUUUUAGAAAAUUAUUAUUGGAAAACGUUAAACUUUACCAUGCCCAUGUAUGGUGCUGAUACAUCAGGGUCCAUAUUUAAUGAAAAUUUAAAUGUUUGGAACGUGUCUAAGUUACCAAAUCUAUUAGAUUAUCUAGAUAAAGAAAUUCCAGGUGUUAAUGAUUCAUUUCUUUAUGCAGGGUUAUGGAAGGCUUCAUUUCCAUGGCAUUUAGAAGAUCAAGAUCUUUAUUCCAUCAAUUUCAUUCAUUUUGGUGCCCCAAAGCAAUGGUAUUCAAUACCACAAGAAGAUCAUCAAUUAUUCUAUAAUUUUAUGAGAGAACAAUUCCCCGAGGAAGCUAAAAAAUGUCCAGAAUUCUUAAGACAUAAGACUUUUAUGGCGUCCCCAAAAUUAUUAAGUGAAAAUGGUAUACGAUGUAACAAAAUCGUUCAUUAUCAAAAUGAAUUUAUGAUAACAUUCCCCUACGGAUAUCAUGCAGGUUUUAAUUAUGGUUAUAAUUUAGCUGAAUCAGUAAAUUUUGCCUUAGAAGAAUGGUUGGAAAUUGGUGAAAGAGCAAAUAAAUGUUUAUGUGUUAAUGAUUCUGUGGAAAUUGAUGUAAGAAAAUUGGCAUCAAAUUGGUACAUAUUUAAGAACAAACCAAAUUUGAAAAAUGAAACGGAUUUAAGGGUAAGGAGUUUUACAGAAUUAUUAAACCAUAGUUCACAGGAAUUACAAAACAUUCAAAAAAAGCAACAAGUUCAACCAAUAAGAACUUUCACAGAGAGUAAUAAAGAUGUAUCACUUCGAUCCACAAGUCCCACACCAUCACAAUUCUUCACUACUAAUGAAACAAAUAAACCUGUCAUUAGUAGAGUUUCAUCACCAUUUUUAUCAAGAAUGAUGGAUCUUUCUAAUAUUGUGGAACCCACUUUGGAAGAUCCAACCUUAAAAUUUAAAAGGAAAUUGAAUGCACCAUCAGUAUCUCAAAACAAUACAUUACCACCAAUUUCCAUGCCACCAUUAUUUCAAUCACCAUUAUUAGAAGAUAAUGAAGAUAAUAUGAUUGCAUUAAGUCUGGCUAACAUGGCUAAUAGUGGUACUUCAUCACCAAGAUUGAUUAUCCCAGCAUUAAACUCUUCCAUUGAUCCAAUAAAUUCAUCUUCAUCAAAUGGCAAUGAUCGUAUAUCAUCUAUUUUAGCACCAAAACCAUCAUUGUCAUCUUCACCUUAUGUAACUUCAAACAACAAUAAUCCAAUGACUUAUAAUUCAACAUUCUCAAAUCAUAAUAAUAACAUUCAAAAUAAUGUGGUACCUUUAUCACCAGGUGGUAGAUCAAAUCUUUCAUUCAUUAAGAGAAUAAAAUCACCAAACAUUGUUACAUUAAAUAUAUCAAGAGAAACGUCAAGAAGUCCGAUUUUAACAUCUGUACCAGAUUUUAGAUCUAAUAAUAAUAAUACUGGAACAUUGCCAUAUUCAGCCAUACCACAAUCUUCGUUGAAUCAAAUGGAGUUAAACAAUCCAUUGGGUAACGAUGAUACCAAUAAUAAUACUGUCACUAAUUCAGAAUUAUCAAUUCUGAACCAACCACCACAAAAGAAACAAAGAUUAACAAAUGGUACAAGAUCCAAUCAAAGGAAAAUGGAACUUGGUGUGGAACAACCUAGUGGUGAUGGUGUACUCAUUGGUAACAGCUCAUCAAACAAUAAUAAUAAUACCAAUGCACAAGCACCAAAAUUCACUUCAGACGAAAUAAUAAUGUCAGAAACGGGUAAAGUUUAUGUUUGUUUGGAAUGUAAACGUCAAUUCACAUCAGGGCAUCAUUUAACAAGACACAAGAAAUCGGUUCAUUCGGGCGAGAAACCCCAUUCUUGCCCCAAAUGUGGUAAAAAGUUUAAGAGAAGAGAUCACGUUUUACAACAUCUUAAUAAGAAAAUCCCCUGUGUUCCUGAAGAAGGUUCAUCUAAUGCAAUAGCAACUACAGCUACUCUGGGGGCAUCGAAGACUGCGACAACCGGGGCAACUCCGCUGAUAGAACAGAAUGGCACUAAAGUGGAGAAACAAGAGGCGACGGUGGAGUAA